AGUAGUAUAUGGAUAAACUAUUAUUGUGAAGAAGCAAAGGAAAUAACCGUUGUGAGAGAGUGGACACUCACAAGAACCUGUCUUCUUCAGUCUCUCUUGGGAUUCUUGCAACUACUUGUCUUCAUCUUCCACUUCCUAUACUAUACUUCCUUCUGCAAACACAUUAACACUCUCUCUCUCUCUCUCUCUCUCUCUCUCUACCCGUGAAUUUUCUCAUCUAACUCUCACCUUUUCUCUCUUUCACUUUCAAUCCCGUUUCGGGAACCAACCAAACAAAAAAAACAAAAUUCGCCUAUUGAAUCGAAUCAUCAAACAAACACGAACGAACCCUUUUACUCUCUCUUUCUUUCUCUGCCUCCUCGCAAAUGUCGCUUCUCUGCUUCACCUUUGUCCCCUCAAUGCUACUUUCUAUUUUCUGUUUCUUCAAUUCUGUAACCGCCGCCACCGAGUUCGACUUCGGAACGUUAACCUUGGGAAGCCUCAAGCUCCUCGGCGACGCCCACUUGAACAACAACACCGUCAGUCUCACGCGCGACCUCGCCGUUCCCACCUCCAGUGCCGGCAGAGCCCUUUACUCCCGUCCGGUCAGAUUCCGGCAACCUGGAAACCGUUUUUCGGCGAGCUUCACCACCUUCUUUUCCUUCUCCGUCACCAACCUCAACCCCUCCUCAAUCGGUGGCGGCCUCGCCUUCGUCCUCUCGCCGGAUGACGACACCAUCGGCGACGCCGGCGGGUUUCUCGGCCUCGGCGGCGGCGGCGGCUUCAUUGCCGUGGAGUUUGAUACACUUAUGGACGUGGAGUUUAAGGACAUUAAUGGAAACCACGUUGGUGUGGACCUAAACAGCGUCGUUUCGAGUGAGGUUGGUGAUUUGGCGAACGUUGGCGUCGAUCUGAAGAGCGGUGACCUAAUCAACGCGUGGAUCGAGUUCGAUGGAUCGAGCAAAGGGUUAAGCGUGUGGGUUUCGUAUUCCAAUCUCAAACCGAAAGAUCCCGUUUUGACGAUGAAUCUCGACGUGGACAAGUAUUUGAAUGAUUUUAUGUAUGUGGGGUUCUCUGCUUCAACGCAAGGUAGCACAGAGAUUCACAGAAUAGAGUGGUGGAGUUUCGGUUCGUCUUUUGCGGCGGCAGAGGCGGCGGCGCCUCCUCCUCCGCCGGCGGUGAGUUUGAUGAACCCGACGGCGAAUUCGGUUGCUCAGUCCGCGCCACCUCCUUCUUUGGCUCCUUCCCAUAGUGAAGAGAAAGAGAGCAAAAGCAAAUCGUCUUGCCACAAUGGGUUGUGUAAGCAAAACUUGGGAGCGGUUGCUGGUGUUGUCACUGCUGGAGCGUUUGUUUUGGCUCUUUUUGCUGGUGCUUUGAUUUGGUUUUACUCUAAUAAGAAGGUUAAGCGUGUUAACAAGUUUGAUUCGCUUGGUUCGGAGAUAAUCAAAAUGCCGAAGCAGUUUAGCUACAAGGAGCUGAAAUCUGCUACCAAGUGCUUCAAUGCGAAUAGGAUCAUCGGUCAUGGCGCGUUUGGGACUGUGUAUAAGGGGGUUUUGCCCGAGAAUGGGGACAUUGUAGCGGUGAAGAGGUGCAGCCAUAGUAGUCAGGGGAAGAAUGAGUUUUUGUCUGAGUUGUCUAUCAUUGGAAGCCUGAGGCAUCGGAAUCUUGUUCGGCUUCAAGGGUGGUGCCAUGAGAAAGGAGAGAUUUUGCUGGUGUAUGACUUGAUGCCUAAUGGAAGUUUGGAUAAGGCGUUGUUCGAGGCUAGGACGCCGCUUCCCUGGGCUCAUAGGCGCAAGAUUUUGUUGGGCGUGGCUUCGGCAUUGGCCUACUUGCAUCAAGAGUGUGAGAAUCAGGUGAUUCAUAGGGACAUUAAGACUAGUAACAUAAUGUUGGAUGAAGGGUUCAAUGCCAGGUUGGGAGAUUUCGGUCUGGCCAGGCAAACUGAGCAUGAUAAGUCACCGGAUGCCACGGUGGCUGCGGGGACAAUGGGGUACUUGGCACCCGAGUAUCUCCUUACCGGGAAGGCUACGGAGAAGACUGAUGUGUUUAGUUAUGGUGCAGUGGUUCUUGAGGUGGCUAGUGGGAGAAGACCGAUAGAGAAGGAUGCCAAUGGGGGUGGUAAAGGUGGGAUUAGCUGCAAUUUGGUAGAAUCGGUUUGGAGUUUGCACCGGGAAGGUAGGUUGCUAAUGGCAGCCGAUCCGAGGCUUGGGGGUGAAUUUGAUGAUGGGGAGAUGAGGAGGGUGCUCUUGGUUGGGCUGGCUUGUUCUCACCCUGAUCCAUUGACUAGACCUACUAUGAGGGGUGUGGUUCAGAUGCUGGUGGGCGAGGCUGAAGUGCCUCUUGUCCCAAGAACCAAGCCGUCGACAGGUUUUAGUACUUCCCAUUCCCACUUAUUACUGAGUUUGCAAGAUAGUGUAUCUGACUGUGAUGGUAUAAUCACCAUCUCUACCUCCACAUCAGAGAACAGCUUCAAUCUUGGAGACAUAGUCUGAUGGAAGGAAAUCUUUGGCUGGGAACUGGCUAUUUUUAAUUGUUGACUCAUAUAUUGUAAAUAGAGAGAGAUAUGUAUUCAUUUGUUCGUGUAUGUAAAUGACAAUAACACGCAAUUAAGGGCCUUGAGAAAGAAGUUUUGAGGUUGUUGCAAUUCUGCCUCUAGUGCUCACAAUUCAUGGCAGACUGCUGGCUUACACAUUUUGGCACAUUAAUUGGAGGGGUUCAUCUCAUGCUGCGGAGCAAUGCAAGAUGUUGGUGUGAAAAACAAGCAAGGAAGGUUAUGUAACUUUAGAUAGAUCAUUGUUCUACUUCUAAUUGAUGCCCAGUUAUAGGGCGAGUUUGCAUUAAGUAAUUGAUGCUAAACAAGCUUUCUUUGGAUAAUUUGAAUUAAGUUACCACGGUAUAAUAAAGAGAAAUUAUUCUAAAGCUUUCUUCUUUGCCCUCCUCAUGGCAAUACAGAUUUUGUAUCUCCCCCACUUACAGAAAUAUACACUUUAUAUAUAAAGAAAUAAGGCCUCAGUUUUCUAUAUGGUUUUCAGUUAUUGAAACUGGGGUAGUGGGUUUCUCUA